CAAUAAUGGAAACUGACCAGUGCCGUGUUUUUCUGUGAUGCUUUCAAAGGCACCGUGAGAAAUGUUUAAAAUUUAAUAUUUUCUAAAAUACAAUGAGCUUUUUGAAAUUGGCCAGAAAACCUGGUAUUAGUUACGCCGCAGAAGCGAUUUUGCGACGGUCAACUGAAAAUUCAGGAGAAGCAAAACAACUAACCUCAAAAUGUAAAUCUCUGAACACCAUCGAAAAUGCUCGAAUUUUUCCAAAGCAUGCGACAAAGCUGCCAGUCAUUAGCACUUCUAGACAAACGCUUUUUAAAAGAAUAGAACGAUGUACCAGCUCGGCUACUUCGUUUCGUUAUUUUUCAACAAAAAGCGAUGGUACAGAUGACAUUCCUCCAGAAGAAGAUAACUUUAAUCCUCAGUUACCCGCCCCAGUAGCAGUGCCUGAAGUAUGGCCUCACGUCCCCGUAGUAGCCAUCAGUCGCAACAUAGUAUUUCCAAGAUUCAUAAAGCUGAUAGAAUUGACCAAUCCACAAUUAAUCGAGCUGAUACGCAGAAAAGUGAAAUUAAACCAACCUUACUGUGGUAUUUUUUUGAAGAAAAAUGCCGAAGAUGAAUCGGAAGUAGUGAAUAAUGCAGACGAUGUUUAUAAUGUCGGAGUAUUUGCGCAAAUUCAUGAAAUGCAGGAUUUAGGAGACAGGUUGAGAAUGGUGGUUAUGGCUCAUAGAAGAAUAAAAAUUACUGGACAGAUCUUAGAUAAUAUUGAGGAUGAACCUAAAGCUAUGAAAAUCAAGUUUCCCAUAUUCAAUACAACGGUAAACGUAUUUCCAGAAGAAUCAGAUACAGGAAGACGUCGUGGCAAGAACCGUAAUAAUCGUUUUAAAAGACCUAUAGAAGACAAACAGGGUUCAAAUUUAGAUGCUGAAAAAAGUGCCCAGAAAGAGCCCUUUUUAAUAGCAGAGGUUGAAAAUGUAGUACAUAACAAAUUUCGACAAACCGAAGAAGUCAAAGCUUUAACCCAAGAAGUUAUCAAAACUAUAAGAGAUAUUAUAAGCCUGAACCCUCUGUAUAGAGACAGUUUGCAACAAAUGAUGCAUCAAGGACAAAGAGUUGUUGAUAACCCUGUAUAUUUGUCUGAUUUGGGUGCAGCUUUAACAGCCGCAGAGAGUAAAGAGCUGCAAGAGGUGUUGGAGGAAAUGGACAUCCCGAAACGGUUAAUGCUUUCUUUGUCACUCCUUAAAAAGGAGUAUGAACUAUCCAAACUGCAGCAAAAAAUCGGACGAGAAGUGGAAGAAAAAGUGAAACAGCACCACCGAAAAUAUAUCCUGCAGGAACAAUUAAAAGUAAUUAAGAAAGAAUUGGGAUUGGAAAAAGAAGACAAAGACGCUGUUGGAGAUAAAUUUAGAGAAAGGAUCAAAGAUAAGGUUUUGCCUCAGGCCGUGUCUGCUGUUAUUGAAGAGGAAUUAAACAAACUUAACUUUCUAGAAAGUCAUAGUUCAGAAUUUAAUGUAACGAGAAAUUACUUGGAUUGGCUAACGUCCUUGCCAUGGGGCGUACAGAGCGAAGAAAAUCUCAAUCUUCAGAGGGCUUCCGAGAUCUUAGAUCAAGACCACUACGGUAUGGAAGACAUAAAACGUAGAAUUUUGGAAUUCAUAGCCGUGAGUCAGCUGAAAGGCAGUACCCAGGGGAAAAUCCUGUGUUUCCAUGGACCACCGGGAGUGGGAAAGACCAGCAUAGCCAAAUCCAUAGCCAGGGCGUUGAACAGGGAAUAUUUUAGAUUCUCUGUGGGAGGGAUGACGGAUGUGGCGGAAAUAAAAGGCCACAGGCGUACUUAUGUGGGGGCGAUGCCCGGAAAAGUGAUACAGUGCCUUAAAAAAACCAGGACCGAGAAUCCUUUGGUCCUUAUUGACGAAGUCGACAAAAUUGGCAAGGGUUACUCCGGCGAUCCAAGCUCCGCCCUCCUCGAAUUACUAGACCCGGAACAGAACGCGAACUUUCUCGAUCACUACCUCGACGUACCGGUCGAUUUGUCCAAAGUGCUGUUCAUCUGCACCGCGAACGUGCUGGAUACCAUCCCGGAACCGUUGAGGGAUCGUAUGGAGAUGAUCGAAAUGUCGGGUUACGUGGCGGAAGAAAAACUGGCUAUCGCGCAGCAAUACCUGCUGCCCCAGGCGAUGAGGGAUAGCGGCCUGAAAGACGACCGAAUCAAAGUGGAAGACGACGCCCUCAAUAUGCUCAUCAAGAAUUAUUGCAGGGAGUCGGGUGUUAGAAACUUGCAGAAGCACAUCGAGAAGGUCGUGAGGAAGGUCGCGUACAAGGUGGUGAAAGACGAGACGCAGUUUAUUGACGUGGAGUCUAGCAACUUGCAAGAUUUCGUCGGCAAACCGGUAUUCACCCACGACAGGAUGUACAGUACCACCCCGCCGGGGGUCGUUAUGGGAUUAGCGUGGACGGCCAUGGGCGGUUCUACGCUGUACGUCGAGACGACUACGAGGAGACUGCCGACGAACGACAAAGAUACCGAAGGCAGUCUGGAGCUCACCGGUCAUUUGGGGGAUGUGAUGAAAGAGUCCGCCAAGAUUGCACUCACAGUUGCCAGAAACUUCCUGGUGCAGAACGAUCCCCAAAACAAAUUCCUAUUAUCCAGUCACCUGCACUUGCAUGUGCCGGAAGGUGCGACGCCCAAAGACGGGCCCAGCGCUGGGUGCACCAUAGCCACGGCCUUGCUCUCGCUCGCGAAGGGCAAACCCAUCAAACAGGACCUCGCUAUGACCGGAGAAAUAUCUCUUAUGGGCAAAGUGUUGCCCGUGGGCGGCAUCAAAGAAAAAACUAUCGCUGCUAAGAGAUCUGGGGUGAAAUGUAUCAUUUUACCGGAGGAGAACAAGAAAGACUUUAACGAUCUGCCAAAGUUCAUCACUGAAGGCUUAGAGGUGCACUUCGUUAGUCAGAUCGACGAGGUGUACAAAAUAGCGUUCGAGGAAAAUUAAGGGUUUUCCGAAUUUUUAAUCUGUAAAACGGUCGCGGGUUUUUUGUAAAUUACGCACCCCCGAUCGAUCUUUGCUGAAUAAAAAAAGGAUGUGAUUGCGCGUUUUUUUAUUCUACUGUUAUGUAUAUAUGUGUAGUUUAUUAUUUGGAAUAAUAAAUUACUUUUUUUAAAA